AUCAAAACAGAACUCUGUUUUCACUAUAUUGUUGUUUUUUCUUAGUAUGAUGGGGUAAAUGUAAGUAAAACAAAACCCAAGAAAGGAAGUGUAAGAGAGAGACAGAGAGGGAAAGAGAGAGAGAAUGUGAUAAAAUAAAUAAAAAUAACAGGAGGGUAUUCUGUGGCUUUGGAUUCUUCUGGCAAAUCGUGCUUGCCAGCUUCACUUGGAGACUGGAGAAAAGGGUAAUGGCUAAAUGAGUAUUUUAUUACUAAAGAAAAUAAAGAAAAUAAAUUUCCUUUAAAGAAACAAAAAUUAUAUAAAGAAAAGGGUUUUUAAGGCAUUAAAGCCAAGACCUUGUCUUGGUCUGUGUUUGUGGGUGAGGGUUUGACACGGAAAGUUUUGAGCUUUGAGGUGAUAAUGGAGAUUUGCAGAAAGGGUCAGCUGGUAAUAGUGACGGUGAUAAUAUGCAUUCUGAGUUGCAUCAAUGGUGACACAGAUCCAAAUGAUGCCUCUGCUUUAAGAACCAUGUAUACCAGCUUAAAUUCACCACCUCAGCUAACAAAAUGGACAUCAAAUGGAGGUGAUCCAUGCGGAGAGUCAUGGAAAGGUGUUACUUGCUCAGGCUCACGAGUUACGGAAAUUAAACUAUCCGGCCUUUCACUUUCUGGAUCAUUGGGUUACCAGCUUAACCUUUUGACGGCAUUAAUAAAUCUGGACUUGAGUAAUAAUAAUCUUGCGGGCAACAUACCUUAUGGACUUCCUAGAAACUUGACACAAGUAAAUCUUGCUAAUAAUCAAUUUACUGGAGAUAUUCCUUAUGACUUCUCUUCAAUGACUAAGCUUACUUAUUUAAAUGUUGCUCACAAUCAGCUCCAGAACCAAUUGAGUGACUUGUUUGGAAAGCUUUCUUCUCUCACUACACUGGAUGUUUCCUUCAACCAACUGCCAGGUAACCUUCCUUGGAGUUUUAGAAACCUCUCAAGCAUGACCUCAAUGUAUUUGCAAAAUAACCGGUUCACAGGCACUAUAGAUGUCCUUGCAGAUCUUCCUCUUAAAAAUCUAAAUGUUGCAAAUAAUCAGUUCACUGGCUGGAUUCCGCAACAGUUAAAGGAAAUUCAUCCACAGAUGGAUGGUAACAAUUGGAGCUCAGGGCCGGCACCCCCACCUCCACCCGGUACACCUCCAGCCCCCAGAAACCGAGGUCAUAAGUCUGGAGGCAAUAACAGCCCAUCUGGCAGUGAUGGUAGCAGCAGCAAAAAAUCAGGAAUUGGGGCUGGUGGCAUAGCUGGGAUAAUCAUAUCUAUUCUAGUGGUUGGGGGAAUAGCAGCAUUCUUCAUUGCCAAGAGAAGAUCCAAGAGGUCAUCAUCAGAUAUAGAAAAGCUUGAUAAUGAGCCAUUUGCUCCUCUUGCAUCAAAUGAAGUACAAGAAAUGAAGGCCAUACAACCUCCCACCACAGUCAGUACAAAGACAUUUGAUACCUCAGCCUCUAUAAAUCUUAGACCUCCACCUAUUGACCGCCAUAAAUCAUUUGAUGAGGAUGAUUUUUCAAAGAAGCCUGUUGUUGUUAAGAAGCCUGUUACAGCUCCUUUAGAUGUGACAACAUACUCAAUAGCAGACCUGCAGAUAGCUACUGGCAGCUUCAGUAUUGACCAUCUUCUUGGUGAGGGGUCUUUUGGACGUGUUUAUCGAGCUCAGUUUGAUGGUGGAAAGGUUCUUGCUGUGAAGAAAAUAGAUUCAUCCACUCUUUCCAGCAACAUGUCUGACGAUUUUAUAGAGAUGAUUUCAAAAAUCUCUGAGUUGCAUCAUCCAAAUGUGACAGAACUUAUGGGUUAUUGUUCAGAACAUGGGCAGCACUUGCUGGUUUAUGAGUUUCAUAAAAGUGGGUCAUUGCAUGAUUUCCUGCAUCUGUCAGAUGAAGACAGCAAGCCUUUGAUAUGGAAUACUCGUGUCAAGAUAGCUUUGGGGACUGCCCGUGCAUUAGAGUACCUGCAUGAAGUAUGCUCUCCAUCUAUUAUUCAUAAGAAUAUCAAAUCAGCAAACAUACUACUGGAUACAGAGCUCAAUCCUCACCUUUCAGACUCUGGCUUGGCUAGCUUUCUUCCAAAUGCAGAGCAGGCAUUGAACAAUAAUGCAGGAUCUGGAUAUGGUGCACCUGAGGUAGCCAUGUCUGGUCAAUAUACUCUCAAGAGUGACGUUUACAGUUUUGGAGUAGUCAUGUUAGAGCUUCUCACUGGCCGUAAACCAUUUGACAGCUCAAGGCCAAGAUCUGAGCAAUCUUUGGUUCGAUGGGCCACACCUCAACUCCACGACAUCGAUGCUCUAUCUAAAAUGGUUGACCCGGCUCUCAAGGGGCUCUACCCUGUCAAAUCUCUCUCUCGGUUUGCUGAUGUUAUUGCUCUUUGUGUCCAGCCUGAGCCAGAGUUUCGACCACCGAUGUCAGAAGUGGUUCAGGCAUUGGUUCGAUUAGUUCAGCGAGCUAACAUGAGCAAGAGAACAGUUGGAAAUGAUCAGGGAGCUUCCCGGCAAGUUGACAAUGCAGAUGCACAUGACUACAUGUAAUAUACCCCCACGGUUGAUGUAAAAUACAGUUCACAUUUUCUUGUUUUGAGUUUAUUGGAUACAUUUUUUGGUUUAAUCUUUUUGAUUGAACAAAUAGAAUUAGAAAGGUUGAUACAUGUUUAAAUAUUUGUACGGUUGAGCUAGUUCCUGCCGUGCUGUCGUUAAGUCUGCGAAGAAAUUCGAUUCAGAUUGGGUGCUAAAAUUAGUGGAAGCUUGAUUUGCCCCAGACCUCUCUUUAUUUCAUUGUGCAACUAUGGAAAAACAUCAUAUCUGUAAAUUUAAGUAAGGAAUAAAAGUCUCAGAAGUGUAUUUUUUGGCCAAA